AUUGGCGACAUCUUGUGGCAAGUCCCAGGCGAUCGCAGGGCUUGGCGACAGGCAGCAGCUGGCCUCAGGAGCUCUCUAGCCCGGGAGAAAGCCGCCUGCCAGCAGCAAUGGCAGGCUAGCAUUGUCUUGAUCAGCCCCAAGCUGCAUCGGUUCAGCUCAGCCGAUACCAGCUGCUUUCCCCCGCCGCGCGGGCCGCCUUCCGCCAUGGCUUCGGCGCCACGCACCCUCACCAUCCUCCAUUUCAAUGACUGCUAUGAUAUAGAGGCCAGGCAGCGGGAGCCCGUCGGUGGCGCGGCCCGCAUGGCCGCUAAGAUCAGGACCUUUGGGCCCACCGCCCUGGUCCUCCACUCUGGCGACGUCUUCAACCCCAGCAUGCUGUCAACCAUCACGCAGGGCAAGCAGAUGGUGGAGGUGCUCAACUGCUGCGCCAUCCGGGCCUGCUGCGUGGGCAACCACGACCUCGACUACGGCGUGGAAAACUUCCAGCAGCGCGCCUCCGAGUGCUCCUUCCCCUGGCUGAUGGCCAACGUGCUGGAUGUACAGACGGGCGCCCCCCUGGGCGGCGCUGCCCCUAGUGUGCUGCUGGACUGGCAGGGCAUCAAGGUUGGGCUGGUCGGCCUGGUGGAGCAGGAGUGGCUGACCACGCUGGCCAGCGUGGAUGCGGAUGAGGUGACCUACCUCGAUUUUGUGCAGGAGGGCGAGCGCCUGGCGGCGCAGCUGCGGGAGCAGGGCGCGGAGCUGGUGGUGGCUCUCACCCACAUGCGGCUGCCCAACGACAUGCGCCUGGCCAGGGAGGCCCCCGGCAUCGAUUUGGUGUUGGGAGGGCAUGACCAUGACUGCUUCCUGCUGCGGAGCGAGCCCCACGGCACAGUCGUUGUGAAGAGCGGCACUGACUUCCAAGAUCUGACGGAAAUCAAGGUCACGCUGACACCCGCUGGGGCAGACCCUCUUGACCCUUCGGCGCACGCCGUACCGCCGCCGUCGCCGGGAGCCCACCGCGCCUGCGUGCCCGGGCUGGUGGGCACCCCGGUGGGCUCGCCCAGGGAUGGCGCAGCCAGCCCCCGCGGCGCCACCUCGCCACGGGCAGACGGCGCCGGCGCUGCCGUGCCGGUGGUGCCUGCGCCGGCCGUGGCGGUGUACGAGGCGGCCGCGGAUGCCAGCCUGGCCACCUCGCUGCGCAGCUGCCGGCCGGUGGGGAACAGCCAGCCAGGCGGCGGGCCCACCAUCGCGGUGCGCUGCCUGCGCCACACCAUCACAUCUGAUGUGCCGGAGGAUGCUGAGGUGGCGGCCAUCGUGGAGCGCUACAAGCAGCAGAUGGGGGAGCGAAUGGGUGUGGUGGGUCCGAACAGGGGAGAGCAAUCUGGGCAACUUUGUGUGCGACGUGUGGCGGGAGGCCUGCCGCUGCGACACCGGAUCCACCCAGCUGGGGAGCUGACCCACCGCGAUCUGGUUAGCAUCCUGCCCAUGCUGGAUGAGACUGUGGUGAUCCAGGUCUCAGGCGCCCAGCUGCUGGAGGCGCUAGAGAAUGGAGUGUACGAGUGGCCCAAGCUGGAGGGGCGGUUUCCGCAGGUGUCUGGCAUCCGGUUUGUGUUUGACACGUCUCAGCCGCCGGGCCAGCGCAUCGUGGCAGACAGUGUGAUGGUGGGCGGCGAGCCGCUUGAUCCAGGCUACGAAGCGCUGAUGGGCUCCCAGCUGCUGUGCGACUGCGACUGCACGCCGCUGCUGCCCACCGUCGUCAUGAACCACUUCAUGGUGCUGCGGAUGGCCAACCGCUACAUGGAGAACACGGGGCGGGUGCCCGCCUGGCGGCGAGCGGCCGACCGCCUGCUGAAGAGCAGCGAGCUGUACGCCACGCGCAGCCAGCAGCGGCUGGAGGAGGCGGGUGUGAGCCACAUUGCGCGCAAGCACCCGGCCACGGGGCACUGGGAGGUUGCGCCGGUGCUGGAUGGGCGGAUACGGCGGCUGGGGAGCAGCGACCGCGGGAGCGACGCCAGUGGCUGUGCAGCAGUGUCAUAA